AUGGCUGACAAUCAACGAGUUGUUCUGAUCAGCGGCUGCUCUGAUGGCGGAACUGGAGCUGCCCUAGCGAAGGAGUUUCAUGCUCAUGGCUUCCUUGUAUACGCCACAGCACGAAACGUCUCGAAAAUGGCCAGCCUCUCCUCUCUCGGCAUCAAGACACUAGAACUGAACAUAGGCUCCGAGGACUCCAUCGCAAGAUGUGUUAAAGACGUCCCGCACCUCGACAUCCUCAUCAACAACGCGGGAGGCUCCUACACGAUGCCUGUCAGCGAUCUCUCCAUUGCGGAAGCAAAGAAACUCUUUGACACGAAUCUCUGGGGCCAUGUAGCUGUGACACAAGCCUUCCUGCCUCUUUUGAUGAAGUCACGGAACGCGAUGAUAGUCAACCACACUUCUGUUGGAGCUGGCAUGGCGAUACCAUUUCAAGCAGCCUACAAUGCUUCCAAAGCCGCCAUGGCAAUGUUCUCCGAUACCAUGCGGCUCGAACUAGUAUCCUUCGGCAUCAAAGUCGUCCAAAUGAGAACGGGAGGCGUGAAGACGAAUAUCAUCAGCAAUACUCAGGCCAAGGAGUCCAUGAUCCCGGCGGAUUCGAUCUGGUCCCCUGCGAGAGAUCUAGUGAAUAAAGCGUUAACGCUAGAAUGGGCCGAGAGCCAGGGCAUCUCGCCUGAGCAGUGGGCGAGGGAAGUAGUGGCGGAUCUUACAAGGCCAGCUCCUGCGCCCAUGGUGAGGAGAGGGUCUUCCGCUUGGGUGGCGGCAAUUGCGUCCAUGCUGCCUACAGGUUGGCUGGAUAGUAUGAGUAAGAAGUUAUGUGGACUGGACAAAAUUGAGGUUGUGAUAAGGACGAAUAGAUCGUCAUGA